AUGACCAAUACCUCAGCUUCCUACUCGACUUCCUCGGCACCAGCUCCCCCUGCUUCCGCACUCGACUUUAUCAAGUACGUAGAUGCAUCCCCAGACCCGUUCAAUGCAGUUCACACUUCCUCGCUCCUCCUCGAGGCAGCUGGCUUCAAGAAGCUCAAGGAGUCCGAAGCUUGGGAUCACCACUUGCAGCGAGGCGGAAAGUACUACUAUACCCGCAAUCAGUCCGCCCUCGUCGCCUUUGCCGUCGGAGGAGACUUUACACCAGGCCAGGGAGGAGUACAUGUAGUCGGAGCUCACACCGACUCGCCGUGUUUCAAGCUAAAGCCCGUCACGAAGAAGGAAAAGGCGGGAUUCAUUCAGGUCGGCGUAGAGACAUAUGGUGGAGGUCUAUGGAGUACCUGGUGGGACCGGGACCUGGGACUGUCUGGCAGAGUCAUCGUCGCGGGAGAUGCAUCCCAAGACUGUAGCACAUUCCACUCCAAGUUGGUCCACAUCAACCGGCCCAUCUUGAGGAUUCCCAACUUGGCAAUCCACCUCAACCGCUCCGCCAAUGAUGGAUACAAGGCCAACGUCGAGGACAACAUGGUACCCAUCCUGGGUCUCGUCUCAGACCAGCUCAACGCGAAGUCGGCCGACUCGGCGGGUGCAGAGGCAGAGGGGGCUGCAGGCGUCGUCGGGACUCCCACCAUGCAGUCAAAGCACCACUCUACCCUGCUCAACAUCCUUGCAGAAGAGCUGUCAGUAUCUCCAGAGCAGAUCCAAGACUUUGAGCUUUCCCUCUUUGACACUCAAGGUGCAAGCAUCGGAGGUGCACACAACGAGUUUAUCAAUUCAGCCCGAUUGGAUAAUCUCAUGAGCUGCUUCUGCGCUACGACUGCACUCAUCUCCAGUCUGACGCCGGAGAGCACGAAUCUCUCCACCUCUGGCGCGAUCCGAGCCAUCUGCCUCUUUGACAAUGAAGAAGUGGGCAGUGUCAGCAACCACGGAGCCGAGUCGAACAUGCUUCCCUCGCUGAUCCGUCGCUUGGCUGGGAUCCAGGUGAAUGGCGUGCGAGCCUUCCAGGGUGCAGGAGACGGGUAUGAUGCUGCACUGGCCAAGUCAUUCCUCAUCUCGUCGGACAUGGCCCACUCUAUCCAUCCCAACUAUACGUCUUAUUACGAGGCAAACAAUUCGGCCAAGCUGAACGAGGGAGUGGUGGUCAAGACGAACUACAAGCAGCGCUACGCCUCGACGGCCGUGACCACCUUCCUGGUGCGCCGCUGGGCUCGUCUUGCGCGCUCUUCCUCUCCAUCAGGGGUCCCACUGCAAGAGUUCUCCAUGCGCAAUGAUAUGCCGUGCGGCUCGACUAUUGGCCCCCUCUUGUCCAAGAAUGGAAUUCGCACACUGGACCUGGGGAUCCCGCAAUUGGCGAUGCAUUCCAUUCGAGAGAUGUGCGGAACGAGGGACGUGGAUCAUUUGAUCAAUUUGUUUGAGAGCUUCUGGGAGAGGGGAGACGAGGUCUUGGGCAGCUUGGAUGUGGACUGA